AUGUUCCUGCGGACUCUCUCCGCUCUUCGCCUGACCUGGCUGCGCGGAGAUCGCCAAAAGUUCGGUCUCCGCCACCUGAUUUCUGCCAUUGCCGUCGCUAUAGGAGCUUCGAUUCUUUUCUUCCUCUUCGCGGUACCCCAGCUCGUUCGCUUCCGUUUCCGUGCCAGUUUGAGCAAGUACGAUUUCGGAUUCUAUGGCUUCGGGCCGUCGCAAGGCUUUGUCUCCUUCGACGAGGAGGCCCGAGUGGUCGAAAUUUCCCCUGCCGACGCACAAUGCGACCCUCGAUACACAUUUAUUGCGCCCCGGGGCGAUUCCGUUGCGCAUGCAGGUCCGAUGAUCUUGGAUGCCCGCGGGGAGCUGGUGUGGGCAAAAUACAACUGGGGUACGACGCAGGAUUUUAAAGUUCAACGGUUCAAGGGCGAGAACUAUGUGACGUAUUGGCAAGGCGACGAGGAAGAUGGACAUGGUCGUGGAUCGUGGUACAUGCUGGAUUCGACCUACACGACCAGGUACAUCGUUUCUCCCGUCGGAUUGGAAGGCGACCUGCAUGAUUUCGUCAUUACCCCGAACGACACUGCCCUCGUCACCAUUUAUGAUCCCGUUCCGGCCGACUUGACAGCUGUUGGUGGUCCCGAGCUGGGCUGGCUCUACGACGGUGUUUUCCAAGAGAUUGACAUCGCGACCGGUGAGCUGCUCUUCGAGUGGCGUUCUUCUCAUUUUUACCCGCCAGAGAGCAGCUAUUUUCCCGUCAGAGAUCGAGGCUAUGAACGAACCCUGGGAUUCGAUUAUUUUCACUUAAACAGUGUCGACAAAAACGAUCAGGGUCACUAUCUUGUUUCAGGACGACACACGCACACUGUCACCUGCGUGGACGGGAAUACUGGCCAGGUGCUUUGGACCUUGGGCGGAAAGCACAAUGAAUUCUCUGAUGCGUCGGAUGAGUCUGCCACCGAUUUUACUUGGCAGCACGAUGCUCGCUGGCAAAGCACCAACAGCUUGACCUUGCUCAACAACAAUGCCAACGGAGAAGGUGAUUCUUCUCGAGACUCAAGCGGUCUCUCUAUCGAACUCAACAUUCCCGCACGGCAGGCAAAAGUGAAGUCAAAAUACGUUCAUCCCCAGGGUCUCAUGGCCACAUCGCAAGGCAAUAUCCAAGUCUUGGAUACUGGAAAUGUGUUUGUCGGCUGGGGUCACAGUGCCGCCUUCACCGAAUAUACCCCUGAGGGUGACGUCGUUUGCGAUGUACAUUUUGGCGCAUCGGCCUAUUUUACUUUUGGUCGGAUUGUGUCGUACCGUUCUUUCAAGGGAGAUUGGGUUGGAACCCCCAACACCCUACCCGAUGCAGCCGUCGCCGACAACAGUGUCUUCGUUAGCUGGAACGGUGCCACCGAGGUCGCCACCUGGCGGCUCGAAGCUUGGGAUGGAGUGAGUCUGGACAACGUUACCUUCGUCGCCGUGGACCAAGUAGAGCGCACCGGCUUCGAGACUCAAAUCCCAUUCCCGCCCGAGAUCACUUCCUACUUCCGCGUCUGCGCCAUGAAUAUUGAGGGAGAGGUCCUCGGCAUAACAGAAACACUUUCACGCGGUCCCUCGUCAUCGCGUGGAAGCUAUGUCUCUGUGCGUGCCUGGGGUGUGAUCAUAAUCGCAGUCUUCGCACUAUGCUGUCUUCUAUCCGGGUGCUACUGUGCCGUCUCUCGACUGUUGCGACGCCGCAGAUUCGGCGGCGGGUCUUACCAGCUGGUUGGACACAAGGACGAUGAUAUAGAGACUGAGCGUGGCCAUUUGCCGAUAUAG